CGGUGAUGCUGGCAGCCUUAAUCCUGGACAUCUGCCUAGAGCCCGAACAGAGGAUCCGCAUCGGGGAGACGACGAUGAAGAUGUUUGUUUGGUGCUCCGACAUGCUGCUGAUGAUGAUGAUCGCCAGCGUCGCCGUCUACAUGGCGCCCAAGAGGAUGAACCACCUCGUUCACGUGAUGGAUCAGUUGCGACAGGUCAGCACCGAACUCAAAAUCAAUCCAUCGGCAAGGAGCGAAAAGAUCAAAAGCAUUACAAUCGUCUGCAUAUCUUUGUGGGCAGCCACCAUCUUGAUAGCGGACUUUUAUAGUUUUUUGGGUCCAUUAUUGGACAGCAAAAUAUGGUACAUAAUGUGCAUGUACGGACCGUACUACGUAGGAAACCUGAUGGGAAUUCUCGUUGUUCUGCAAUGGAGCUGUGCCGUGCUGGCCGUGCAUGCCGCCGUGGUUGCUGUGAAUGAUGAGCUGGCAACGUUGCGCAGAGCUAAGUUCGAGUUGGAGCAAACUACAGCAUUGGACGACUUGUUGAGACCACCGAAAUCUGAACGCAACACUCUGGUCGACUGCUUCACAAAGCCAGCGAAGACUCCAGGAGACUCCAUGACCCUGUCCCAAGCGCAAGCCACCAUUCGCCGUCUCGCUCUCUCCCACGAGCGUAUUAGCGAGCUCAUGAGACAGCUGAACGCCUCCAAUGGCGUCUUCCUGAUGUUCGUGCUCAUGUCUACGUUUAUUCGGCUGGUGCUGACACCAUACUACCUUCUGGAGAGAUUUGACCAUGAUGAAAGGAUCCUGUACGAGUUGCUACUACAAAUCAACUGGAGUCUGUUCCACGUCAUCACGCUUCUCCUGACGAUAGAACCUUGUCACUGGACACAGGAGCAGAGGGAGCGCACCCAGGUCCUGCUGACCCACCUGAUCGUCCACCUGGCUCCGAAGAGCGAGCGGCUCUCGAAGGAGCUCGACCAGUUCGCCAAGCAGAUCCUACUCAGCAACGCCAAGUACAUGCCGCUCGGCGUCUACGCGCUAGCACGCCCGCUCAUGGCUACGAUUUUGGGCGGAGUAACGACUUACCUGGUGAUAAUCAUCCAGUUUCAGAAGAUCUCUGACCAACUUUAAGAUUGAAUCGGAACCAAUGUA